AUGGCAAACUCAACUCAUGACGCUUCUCCUAGUGUGAAGACACCCGAACAAUUCACGCGAGAAGCCAAAACCUUUUAUACCGACUUAGCGGCGAGCAGUUACAGCGGACCUAUGGAAUAUGUAGAAAAGUGGUUGGGGCCAGGUAAAACUACAUAUGGAAGUGAUUUUCCAUUCAAUAGAGAGAAAAAUACAGCGAGAGAGUUAAGCUUCUUACAUAGCUGGAUAUAUAAGAAUGGUGAAGAAGGAAAGGCUGUGAUGAGACAAACGGCACUAGAUCUAUUCCCACGGUUGAAAGCUCAGAUUGAGACAGCUCGAGAUACUGAUAAGGUACUACUGAUGGAAAAUGCCAGUACUAGUAGUGGUGAAAGUGAUAUGAGUGGAGAGCAGAUUGUUUGA